AUGCUCUCGUACUGUACGCCGGGUGCGUUUAUUUUUUAUUAUUAUUUUAGUGGCUUAAUAUAAAUAAGUUUUUUAGUUUUUAAUUUUUUUUUUACUCGUAACAUAUUGGCGUUUAUCAUUUUUGUGCAAACCGUUUAUGCGUGUGUGUGUGUGUGUGUGUGUGCCCGCGUAUGUUUAAAAUAUCUACGUGAUUAUUAAUUGUUAUUAUUAUUAUUAAAUUUGACCAACGGAAAAAUUACGAAUUACCUGAUGUGCAGCAGAACACCGGCGUUUUCGUUGCUCAAGUGGUGGAUCCAGACGUUGCAGUGAUCGAGAUCUAUUUGGCAAGAUUUAAUAAAUAGAAACCAACAUGGGCUGUUUUUGUACCAGCGCCCGAACACACCAUUGCAAAAUCGUAUUACUCGACGAUCAAGAACUUGUGCACGAAGUUCAGGGUUCGAGUUUGGGCCAAGAAGUUUUCGAUGUGGUUGUGAGACAUUUAAGCCUUCUCGAAACAGCUUACUUUGGGCUUCGUUAUUUGGAUUCUCAAAAUCAAACUCACUGGUUGGAUCUGUCCAAGAAAAUGAACAAACAGAUGAAGGGUAACGAGAACUUCACGUUUUACUUCGGAGUGAAAUUUUAUGCCGCUGACCCGUGUAAGCUGGUCGAAGAAAUCACCAGGUAUCAAUUUUUUCUGCAGCUCAAACAGGACAUAUUACAAGGACGCGUACCCGUCACCCAAGAACUGAUGGCUGAGCUGGGAGCAUACGUCGUGCAAUCUGAACUUGGAGAUUUCGAUCCUAGGCGACACACUCAUGGGUACGUGUCUGAAUUCCGGUUCGUGUCCAAUCAGAACGCAGAGCUCGAGAACCGAAUCGGUGAAAUACACAAAGAACUUACGGGUCAAGUGCCUGCAGUUGCCGAGCUGAAUUUCUUGGAUAAAGUCAAGUGGCUGGACAUGUACGGUGUCGAUCUUCACCCAGUUCUGGGCGAAGACAACGUCGAAUAUUAUUUGGGUUUAACGCCUACCGGUGUGAUUGUGCUCCGAAACAAAAACAUUGUCGCAAAUUAUUACUGGCCCAGGAUCACCAAGAUCUUCAGCAAGGGGAAAUAUUUCAUGCUCAGAGUGUGCGAUAAAAACAACGAUGAGAACACUUACGGGUUUGAAACACCCUCGAGGCCCGCGUGUAAACAUCUGUACAAGUGCAGCAUGGAACAUCAUUCAUUCUUCAGACUAGUCCAAGUAUCACCCAACCCCCCAGACGUCAUAAGCACUCGAUUUAGCAGCGGUCGAGCAGAUAAGUCGUCAGUGAGGAGUUCACAGAUGAGCAACAGAACGCCACCGUCGUUUACGAGGACACCUAGUCGCCGUUAUCAGAGGAGGAUCGUCGAAGGAGCCAGCGAUAAUCAAAAUUUUGGAGACGAGUACAAGACCAGAGAAGAACUGAUGCUGCUGUCGUCAUCGUCGUCGUUGAAACCGCAAGACAAACUAAAAAACUGCUCCAACCCUCAACUGCCCGUCCACACUAUGUACGUGCCGAACCGGAGCGAUUCACCGAGGAGCACCAGAAGCGCACCGUGGGGCGUUUGGUCAAGCGCACCGACUAGGGGCCUGUACUCGAGUAGCUCGCCAAGAAGUGUCCGAUCGGGUCCGCAUCAGAUCAUGCGCCAUGCSCGCCGGUCAUCCAGUGUAGAUAGUCAGAGCUCCAACGACUCUAGAUCGUGUCGCAAGCAUAGACACCGCAACAAUAGACGGUCGUCGGAUAACGAGAGUGAACAGUCAGGCCGGUCGGGCAAGUCGGGCAAGUCGCACCGGAAGCACAGGCACCGGAGCCGGAAGUCGUCGACGGGUGACGACCACGAGCACAGGCGGCACAGGUAUCAGCUGGUAGAGUCGGAGGGACAGUGGCGGGAAGUGCAGCGAAGGCAGGCCGAGGGCAGGUCGGCCAUACAAAAGGCGUCGGUAGUUCGGCCUCGGUCGGGCUACGCGAACAGUGGAUUGGAGUCCGAGAGCGAAAUUUCUCAUCAUUCUUCGUCGUACCGGAGACGAAAACACAGGAAACACAGGUCCCGGUCCAGGUCACCGUCGGAGAGCAACAGUAAGACGCGUCUGCCGGAGGAGCUCAAAAAGCAUUUGGAGUUCGAACUUGUCGAAACUGAUGGCAUGACCGAGGAACAAUUACGAGAAAUACCCUACACGGCGGUGAAGACGUCCCUGCAGAAGACCAGUAACUCUUCACCUCCUCUGUCGUCCAAACGGAAAACCUAUUCAUCUCGGAGAGCCAAAAGUUGUUCGUUAAAAGACUCGACAGUGCCGGAAGCCGGUGACAGUCCUCCACCACCGUAUAGUGAAGGUCCGACCGAUAAAUGUUCCGUCGCCGCCGUCUCCAUGCCCAGUUCGAAAAGCGCAAAUCAGUUACCAAGCAGGACACAACAACCCAAUCAAAGCGGACCGACGACGAGGACGUCUGCUGACCCGAAUUGCAGGGCCACGUGUUCCGCGCUGUACGCCAACCCGUCGACGUUGCAUGUGGGCUCGGCGAACAGCUACCAUCAUACUAGUCACGACCAACGGAACCCCAUGAACCAUUCCCGGUGGUUACACGAUCUCGAGCAGAAAGACAAUGCGCACAACAGGAGGACUGAAAACCUGAUGCGAGACUUCCCCUAUAGUUCAGCAAGGUCGUCUGCAAACGGGAUCAGUGCCGAUCGGCCCUCCAUGAAUGCAGCCAAAUCGACGCCGCCACCGUGGUCUAGUCAAGAAAUUCGUGGCACAUUGGGUGGUGGUGGCGUUCCUUGGCAGUGCGUCCCGGAUCGCGUAUACCCGGUUAGUGGUUACGGCCUUCCCAAAAAUAUCAACCAGGCGGCGUACCAGAACCGUAGCAACAACAAUCCGGAAACUUGCGUGUCGUCGGCUGCGGUCGACACGAACCGGAACAGCGCAAUGAUCGCGAUGACGACGACGACGACCGACGACGCCAAGUCCACAGCCUCCACUACCUCCACCGCAGUAGGGCAGUCGAUCAAGUCCAGCAAGUCUUUCGAGAGCGGUGUGUUAGGGCAGCACGCCAACACGCCCAACGGUGUCAUACCAUGGCCGGGYGACAGAGGAAAACCCAGACCGUCACACCAGUGGGACAAUCAUAACGGUACGUCAUCGCCACAUCACCACCUCCACCAUCAGCAGCAACAGCAGCAGCACCACCAGCAACAACAACAACAACAACAGCAGCACAACGGGUCGUCCCCGUACGGCGGUGGUGGUGGUGGUGGUGAAAUCUUUUACUUGGGCAACAGGUCCUCGGGGGUGCGGACUUCUUCCAGGGGUGGUCCGACGUACUUUUCGCCACAACACAACCACGUGGACAGAUUGUCAAACACCGAGCUGAGGUCGUCGGCCAGCCUCGAGGAGAUUCUUUCGCCGAUCCUGCAAAGCAAACUGACCACUUAAUCUCGAGGUCACACAAACCAUUGUGAUAUAUCGUACGAUUUAUAUUAUUAUCAUCGUGAUAAUAUGAAUAAUUAUUGCGAUCGAUAGACGAGAGGAAAUCGAAUACGGCGGCCGAAACUUGGACGACGACUAUCGAAACAAACCACACUAUAUAGCUGCUAUUUAGUAUUUAYGUGUAAUGUGUAUAUUAUAUUUUAUCGUUUAUCAUAAUUUUUUCAUUUAGAUGACGCGUGCGCGUACGCACGCACGCAUAAGCCAUAUUAUAUUACAUUUAUAUUAUACGAACUAUGUGUACAGUGUAAAAAGAAAACGAUUUAUCUCAUCACUACGUGUAUAUACCUAUCGUUCGCAUAUAUAUAUAUAUAUAUAUAUAAUCUACACAUAUUAUAGGGAAACCUUUUCGAGAAUAUAACACGAGUGCGAGUUUUCUUCUUCGUCGUUUUUAUUAUUAUUAUUAUUAUUAUUUAUUCUUUUCACUUUUGAGARAAACCGUCAAAGGGCGUCGAUAAGUCUGAGUUUUUAUUAAAUAUUUUUUAUUUUUAUGAUCCCUAUUUUCUUAUCCUUCUUUUUUCUUUUCUUGAUGCUCUGGUCGCUUUCUCUCGUUUCCCACUCGUAUCAUAUAAUAUAUUAUUAUUAUUAUUAUUAUUAUUAUUGUAAUCAUUUAUCGUGUCUCCGUCGCGCUCGUCGGGUUUGUAAAAUAAUAUCAUACCAAAGCUCAAUAUUAUGAUCAACACAUGUGUUCCGCGCAUAUUAUUAUGUAUACAUUAAA